AUGAUCAACGUCAAAUUCAUACUAGCCCUACUCUUCAUAGGGUCGGCAUGUUCAUCCCCCUACAUACCCCCCAAAAAAACUUUCAUGGAUCAGUAUGUGGAGGUAUUCCUCAAACACCAAUGCAAUGAUGCGACCGCGUACGCUUGUUCUAAACAUGGCAAGGGAUUUUGUGUGGUGGAUGAUAUUUGCUUGUGCUCUCCGGGAUAUACUGGAAAGAAUUGUGACGAACAGAGAGGAGUAGAUCCCAAUUUUGAGAGCUGCAAGAGAGAUGAAGAGAGAAGUCCCUUCAUUCGGGACUGGAUGGAAUUCAACAGGAUCCACACCAUCAACGUCACUUGGCCCUCCAGAACAGGAGUGUGCAAACAUUUUGCUGUGAGGGCCGCAUUGAGAACUAUUUUACCUUUGAAGGGCCGCCCCGUAGUUUGCCCACCUCUGCCCUAUGGAAUCUGCGCUUGA